AUGUUGUUUCAGGGUGCUGUGCGCUCAACUUCUCGACUCACUCUUCCACGAGCAUUAGGCUUGACCACAAGUCGCCGUUUUGGUACUUCUUCAGCUGUCUCCUUUCAAAGGUCCUCUCUCAUACUCAAUAACGAGGAUAACAAGAAGGAAGCUGACAAGAACAAGUGGCAGCAACAAACCAUCGCCAAUGAAUUCAUCGAGGCUGUACUUUAUGGAUCCAAAAAGACAAAGGAAGAGGAUAAUAUGACCCACUCAAAGACACUUGCCCGUGGCAAAUACGUGCAUGAGUUGCAAAAGCACAAGGUCAAGCCUGACAAGGUCCAAGAAUACAUUCAGCUUGUCACGACGUAUCUACCCCAGAUCGCCAAUGAACCACUCAAUGAACUCCAUCUUUGUGGUAGUUGGGAAGUUGUUAUCGGUGAACUCGACACGUUUGUGCAUAUUUGGGAAUACAAAGGCUACCCUGGUCACCACAAUACACAAGCACGUCUUGCUCAAGAUCCGGUGUAUCAAGAGUUUCUAAAACAGCUCCGCCCAUUGCUUGUAUCGCGUGAGAAUAAUGUCAUGCUUGAGUUUUCCUUUUGGCAAACUUCACCUCCUAUGGUCACGGAUGGUAUCUACGAGUUGCGUAAAUACAGCCUCAAGCCUGGUCGAUUGCUCGAAUGGGAAACUGAGUGGCGAAAAGGUCUCGAAUGCCGACGCCAAUUUUGUGAACCCGUUGGUGCAUGGUUCAGCCAACUAGGACAAUUACAUACGACCUAUCACAUGUGGACCUACCCUGAUUUGCAAACACGCAAGACGACUCGUGAAGAUGCUUGGAAUGUGGAUGGAUGGGCAGAAACGGUUUAUAAAACAGUUCGCUUGGUUGACCACAUGUCAUCUUAUAUUCUCAGACCUCUUAGUCACAGUCCUUUACGAUAA